GGCUCCCCAGCCUGCAGAGGCGGAGGGUGCAAUGGAGCCUGUCGGCCGGCGCGUCCCUGCAGCGCUGCGGUCUCCACGACGACUGUGGGCCGCGCAAGGCCCCCGUAGUCCGCUCUCCUAAAGCCUCGGUGAGAGCCGAGCAGCCACAGAGUGUGUGUUCACAAAGGGUCACCACACACGGAGCUGCCCCUCCCUGUCUCCCUAAACCCCAUCUUCGAGGCCAGGGGCUUUUCUGCCAGGAUUCUGGGGUGUUUCUCCUUUCCUCCCUCCCAGAUCUUCUAACGAUACACCACACGCUCAUCGACCUGCUGGACUCUGUAAACCCAACACAAGGUCACGGUCCAGUGUUGAGAAGUUGACUUUGCUAGUGAGAGAGACCCCAAUGCUUAUCUCCAAAGAUGGAAGAGGAAGAUUAAAACAAUAAUUUGCAAAAAUAAUUAAACAUGGGCAAAGGAGAUCCUAAGAAGCCGAGAGGCAAAAUGUCAUCAUAUGCAUUCUUUGUGCAAACUUGCCGAGAGGAGCACAAGAAGAAGCACCCAGAUGCUUCAGUCAACUUCUCAGAGUUUUCUAAGAAGUGCUCAGAGAGGUGGAAGACCAUGUCUGCUAAAGAGAAAGGAAAGUUUGAAGACAUGGCAAAGGCGGACAAGGCCCGUUAUGAAAGAGAAAUGAAAACUUAUAUCCCCCCUAAAGGGGAAACAAAAAAGAAGUUCAAGGAUCCCAAUGCACCCAAGAGGCCUCCUUCGGCCUUUUUCUUGUUUUGUUCUGAGUAUCGCCCAAAAAUCAAAGGAGAACAUCCUGGCCUAUCCAUUGGUGAUGUUGCAAAGAAACUGGGAGAGAUGUGGAAUAACACCGCUGCAGAUGACAAGCAGCCUUAUGAGAAGAAGGCUGCGAAGCUGAAGGAAAAAUAUGAAAAGGAUAUUGCUGCAUACCGAGCUAAAGGAAAGCCUGACGCGGCAAAAAAGGGAGUCGUCAAGGCUGAAAAAAGCAAGAAAAAGAAGGAAGAGGAGGAGGACGAGGAAGAUGAAGAGGAUGAGGAAGAGGAGGAAGAUGAAGAAGAUGAAGAAGAAGAAGAAGAUGAUGAUGAUGAAUAAGUUGGUUCUAGCGCAGUUUUUUUUUCUUGUCUAUAAAGCAUUUAACCCCCCUGUACACAACUCACUCCUUUUAAAGAAAAAAAUUGAAAUGUAAGGCUGUGUAAGAUUUGUUUUUAAACUGUACAGUGUCUUUUUUUGUAUAGUUAACACACUACCGAAUGUGUCUUUAGAUAGCCCUGUCCCGGUGGUAUUUCCAAUAGCCACUAACCUUGCCUGGUACAGUAUGGGGGUUGUAAAUUGGCAUGGAAAUUUAAAGCAGGUUCUUGUUGGUGCACAGCACAAAUUAGUUAUAUAUGGGGAUGGUAGUUUUUUCAUCUUCAGUUGUCUCUGAUGCAGCUUAUACGAAAUAAUUGUUGUUCUGUUAACUGAAUACCACUCUGUAAUUGCAAAAAAAAAAAAAAGUUGCAGCUGUUUUGUUGACAUUCUGAAUGCUUCUAAGUAAAUACAAUUUUUUUUAUUAGUAUUGUUGUCCUUUUCAUAGGUCUGAAAUUUUUCUUCUUGAGGGGAAGCUAGUCUUUUGCUUUUGCCCAUUUUGGAUCACAUGGAUUAUUACAGUGUUUUAUCUUUUCAUAUAGUUAGCUGAUAAAAAGCUCUGUCUACACCCUGCAUACUCAUGAUGAGGGUAAUAAAAGUUGAAUUGAGACAGUUUUCAUCCAUAACUGAAACUCCAAUCUUGAUCAGUUGAUGGCAGAUUUCACAUAGCCCAGUCACAUUUACGAAGUGAAGAGUAACCACAGCAUGGGAUUAGUAGAAUCAAACAUUUUGAAAGUCUGUCCUUGAAGGACUAAGAGAAAAAGUAUGUUCUAAUCUUUACAUGAGGACUCUACAUUCUUUAACUCCCAUUACCAUGUAAUGGCAGUUAUAUUUGCAGUUCCCACAUUAAAGAAGACCUGAGAAUGUAUCCCCAAAAGCGUGAGCUUAAAAUACAAGACUGCCAUAUUAGAUUUUUUGUUGACAUUAGUCCCAGCAAAGGCUCUGGAAAAAAAAAAAAAGUGCUGGCUGUAAAUGUCUUCUAUUUCUCUAAAUACGGAUUUCUUAGGAAACUUGACUCUCCAUUAAAGGUAUUUUUAAUUAAUUGGGCCAACUUCUAAAAUGUAUGCCACACUGAAAAUCCGGUAUAUUUUCCUAUAUUGUAGUUUGCUCCUUUAUAUAAAUCAAACAGGCCUGAGGGAAGAAGACGCUUAAAACUUUGUAUUUCAGUAGGAGUUAUCGGAUUUGAAUUUGAUUUUUCUUUACGAAACCCAAACUCAUUCAUUAGAGUCAUGUUUAUCUACUUAGCAGUUUAGGGAACAAUUUGGCAAUUUUGUGGUUUUUGAGAUUAUCGUUCUCUUAAAGUGCCAGUGUUUUAAAAUAGCGUUCUUGUAAUUUUACACGCUUUUGUGAUGGAGUGCUGUUUUGUUAUAUAAUUUUGACUUGGAUUCUUUCCAUUUGCAUUUGUUUAUGUAAUUUCAGGAGGAAUACUGAACAUCUGAGUCCUGGAUGAUACUAAUAAACUAAUAAUUGCAGAGGUUUUAAA